GGUGUAUGGUGUAUUUGUUAUGUUAUUAAAAUUAAUGUUAAAUUAACGAAAAAUUAUUAUUUUUAUUAAUUUUUAAAGCAUUGUAAUUAUUAUGAAGCAUAAUUUGAACAUGCAUGAACAGAGUCCUUUCUGAAAGAUUAAGCCGUAUUAAAUUACAAGUAUUUGCUAAAAGGUUAUGUUUAUAAUAAAAGUAGAAACAAUCCAAAUACAAAUCAAAAUUCAGUGAAAUGGUUAAAAGCACAUCUAAGAAUAAGUAUCUACGAAGGUACAGAGUAUGCUUUAUAAUAGGAAUGGUAAUUCUGUCGUUUCAAAUACUGGUGGUAAUCAACUUUUUAUCUCAUAAUAAAAGUACAGAAGAACCAGAAAAAUGGGAACCAUCCGACUCCGAUAGAGAUUCUGGCUCGAAUAACGAGGCUUUAAAUUCCGCGCGUCGAAGCGACGACGAAGAAACAAAUUUACUUGCCCCUCAAACCAAAAAAACCAGCAAUAAUACAGUUCAGUUAAAAGUCGAAGAGUUAAAUUUCGAUCUGCCUUGCCAUAUCACGGAAAAACAAGCUAUUUCCGCUUUAACUCGAGCUAAAACACAAAGAUGCAAACAAGUAAUUGCCAAUAUAUCGUGCCAGUCUUUAGAAAAUCAAUUGUAUCCCUUGGAAUUGAGAUCAAGCUGUCCUGUAGGAAAUUUUGUUAAAGGAAAAGAGCUGGGUUGUUUCAAGGAUGACAAAAAGUUUAGAUUAUUAAAUGGAUAUUUUGGUGUUAGUAAAAGUGAAAAUUCGCCAAAAUAUUGUAUAAAUAUAUGUUUACAAUCGGGAUUUCCGUAUGCUGGCGUUCAAUAUGGAAAUGAAUGCUUCUGUGGAUCUGAUGAACCACUUCCUAGUUCUAAGAUUCCAGACUCAUCCUGUAACAUGAAGUGCCCUGCGGAUUCCCACUCUACAUGUGGAGGUUAUUACACUAUUAAUAUUUAUCAAACCGGCAUAAAGAAGUUUGUAGCUCAGGUGGCGAAUGAAACAGUUACCAAUGUAAAGUCUUCUAGAAUAGUAUUUUUAUUAACAUUAAAUGGCAGAGCAUUGAGACAAGUGAUGAGACUCAUAAAAAUACUGUACCAAAAACAACAUUUUUAUUAUAUCCAUGUAGAUGUGAGACAAGAUUACCUAUUUCGGGAACUACUGCCCUUAGAGAAAUUUAGGAACAUCAAAUUGACAAGGAAGAGAUUCGCCACGAUAUGGGGUGGAGCUUCGCUUCUUGCAAUGCUCCGAUCUUGCAUGUUCGAACUGUUGAAUGUCAAAGAUUGGAAGUGGGACUUUGUGUUGAAUCUGAGCGAAUCGGAUUUUCCCGUUAAAAGCAUUGAAAAAUUAACGCACUUUCUGAGCAGCAAUACAAAUAGAAAUUUUGUAAAAUCGCAUGGCAGAGAGGUCCAAAGAUUUAUUCAGAAGCAAGGAUUAGACAAGACGUUUGUGGAGUGCGAAUAUCGAAUGUGGCGCGUUGGCAACCGGAAAUUGCCGUUGGGAAUACAAAUUGACGGGGGCAGCGAUUGGAUAGCCCUAUCCAGGCCUUUCGUGCAGUAUAUCGCUGAUCCAGAACCGGACAGUUUGAUCCAGGGUCUCCUGAAAGUGUUCAAGCACACCCUUUUGCCAGCCGAAAGUUUUUUUCACACGGCUCUGCGAAAUUCCAAGUUUUGUAACACGUACGUGGACAAUAAUCUUCACGUAACCAAUUGGAAGAGAAAAUUAGGGUGCAAGUGUCAGUACAAGCACGUGGUAGAUUGGUGCGGAUGCAGUCCGAACGAUUUUAGGUCGGAAGAUUGGCCGAAAAUUUUAAACACUCUGUCUAGACCGCUAUACUUUGCCAGAAAAUUUGAGCCAAUCGUAAACCAAAUGGUUAUUUUACAAUUAGAACUAUGGCUGUAUAAUAUGGAAAAACCAUCUAAACAGGUUCAAAAUCUAUAUUCGUACUGGCAGAAUUUAUAUCACCACCACGACUUGGGCGUGGCCUUAGACGAUUCCUUAAUGACACUAGGCAACAGUGUUUUCAGAACAGUUUUUAGAAAACUGUCAAAUAUGACUACAUGCAAUAUAGAGCUCCACAAUCUUCUGCAAGUUCAUUCGUUCCAUUUGAAAGACAACUACAAGUACACGCUGUUUCUUUAUAACAGUUCCUGGAACGGUAACAUCAGUGACAUUGAAGUAGCUGUGAAGCCUGUGAGCAAAACGAUUAAGGUUAAAACUAAUCCGUUGAUAGAAUCCCUUAUCUCGCUAGGGGUUAGUUCAGAGUAUGAUCAAAAAGAACAGCUGUCUAGGAAUUUUUUAAGGAUUUUAUCUCCCUACUCGGACCCCGUGCUAAUUUACAAGUUUAGCUCGCUCAAAACAUCCAAACAGUACAAUAUGACGUGUUUGUGGAUCGAUCCGACGGGGACGCUGCGUGACGUGUCAGGAUAUUCCAUAGAGGAGGGUUCGCUCGUAGGAUUUGUAAAACCAAAUUUGAGGCAACCUCAUAUACCAGGAUCGUGGAAGGUGAGAAUAAUUUACAGCGAUAGCUUAUUGGCGCAAGUGUCUUUUUUAAUUAUGCCCAUGCUGUACCAUUACGGAAGUCCCGAAAUGUCGAUGCUACAUCCCGGGCCGACCAUGAACUCUAACCUGGGCGAAGCCUUUGCCAAAUUCCUGCCCAAUGUGUCCGAGAGAGAAAUUUCGGAGCGCAACGCGGUCAAGAACUCGCAAAAACGAGGCGAUUCGUUGUUGGAGUGGAUCGAUUCGUUGGUGGGUCUAUUUUUCUCAAUAGAGACAGUCUGCGUCGACUCGACAACGGUCCGGAACGUGUGCAGACCUGUAGGCAGCUCUUGCCAAGAAACGGACUGGAGCAGUCUAGCUCCAGAUCCUAAAAGUGCCAUAGACAAAGCGAACGACAGUACCGGUAUGUUUGAUAUCUGGUGAUACGUGUCCUAAUACACUACUCAAAAUAAUUAUCGCAUAUUUGAAUAAGAGUAAUUAUUUUACGAAAACGGAAAGACGUAGAAA